CAACCAAUUCCCUACUUUUUCUCUUAGUGUCCAAAGGAUAUAUCCACAGACAUGUUUGCCCGUCUUUGUAGGCGCUUUGGGAGAGUUGAUGUUGAUAGAGAAGAGUCUAGAGUGAAGCAAACGAAACCUAAAGAGGCCUGCAGACAGACGUCAUCCCCUGAAAAUGUCCAAAACAAGGUGCAGGCCAAUGAGGAAGAGGAGAGGCUGAAUAGAGAACUGGAGCUAACUACCAAGGAGAGAAAUGAGCUGACAGAUCGCCUCCUUUAUGUGACAGGUGGAUCCAUGAGCAAGAGCCCGUACUUCAGGCCAAAUCCAUUUUAUGAAAACUUGAAGAUAAAGGAGAAACAGGUCAUGUCAUUACUGCACAACUUAGACACAAAGAACAUUGAACAUCGUGAGAAAUUUCAGGAGCUCAAGAAGGAGAUUAACUUCUAUCGCAACCUGCACAGCCGGCUCCUGAUGGACCAGGCAUGUAUGAAGAAGAAGUUGGUCACAUUGAAGCAGGAGUGCAAGGAGUUACAGCGAUAUUUGUUUGAGUUGAACCCGAAUGAUGAAGACGAACAGGAGAAGACCAGCAACCUCCAGACCCAGCAAAAUGUGGUCUCAGGAACUGCAGGAGACAUGGAAUAGGACGGAUCCCAGGAAGACAGCCCCCUGAAGAAUGAGUUUCUCUCUCAGGAGUUCCCUGUGACGACAAUCCUCACAGUCAAAGACUUUUUGUGGGUGAAUAUUCUUCUUCUCAGAUAAUUUCCUCAAUGUAUAGAGACCCUACAUUUAUGUAUCCGUAUGCCAGCCUGUCUGGUUGAGGUCUUUCUCCUCUCUCAUACCGACAACACCAUUUGAGAGACAACUGAGGGGACUGCCUUGACAUCUCACGUCCUAGAGGAGAAACAGCACUACAACUGUGUUUCUAAAUGUUCAUUAAGAAAAUGCUGUUAAGAAAUGUUUUUGGUUAUGAUUUUCAUUGAAGUUUUCUUUUUGUUAUUUCAUAGUUAUAUAUUCUUGUUACUGUUUUUCAUUUUAUACCAUUUUAGGUAUUCAUUUUAUUCCUGUUUUUUGUAAAUUGUACUCCUUAUGAAUAAAAAUUGAUUUGAAA